AACAUAAUGGCACUCCUCUUGUGGCUUGGCUUAUCGCUGCUGGCCUCUGUCCAGUCCAGCGCUGUCAAGAACUGCCACCCUGGUUGCCGCUGUGAGGUGGAGAGCUUCGGCCUGUUCGACAGCUUCAGCCUGACCAGGGUGGACUGCCGAGGGUUGGGACCCAGCACCACCAUGCCCAUCCCCAUCCCACUGGACACUGCCCACCUUGACCUGUCCUCCAUCUCCAUGGGCCCGCUCAGCGACACCAUGUUAUCUGGUCCAGGUUACACCACCCUGGUUAGCUUGGAUCUAAGCAGCAACCAUAUAACAAAGAUAAGCCCCAAUGCUUUGUCCAAGCUGCGUUACCUGGAGACUCUGGAUCUUAGCCACAACAACCUGGAAAGCCUCACCCCGAGGUGUUUCUCUGGCCUCCCUCUGGCUGAAGUUGACCUCAGUCACAACAUAUUCCAAGAGUUCGACAUGGACGUGUUCACUACUAAAGUUAAUGGUGAACCUGUCAGUGUGGAUCUGUCUCAUAACAAGCUUGUGUCUGUCACCACAACUUCGCAUGGGAGAGUAUUGCACAUUCAAAGCUUAAAUCUGUCUUCAAAUCGGAUGUUGAGCGUACCGAUGCUGGCAGGACUUCCGCUGAGGUACCUCAAUCUAGAUGGUAAUCCUAUCACCUGCAUCAAGGAGGGAGCUUUCGCUCAGCUGAAAGAUCUGGUUUAUUUAUCCAUCAGUGGCCUCGAAGAGCUUCAGGAAAUCGAGCCACACAGCUUCAAGGGCCUCCAGAGCCUGCAAGUUCUGGAUCUCUCAAACAACCUGAAGCUUAAGACUCUGAGCCCUGCAGUUUUUAGCGGACUAGAUUCCCUGCAAGAGCUGAAUUUGUCUGGCUCUGGAGUGGUGUCUUUGCCAAAUAACAUGCUGACCCACUUGCCCAGUAUUAAGAGUAUCACACUGGGAGAGAGCAUCCACUGCUGGAGGACCCAGAAACAGGGACAGUUCCACCGGCAGCUGGGUCAAGUCCAACACAAUGAGGUGCUGAACUGCAAUGUUGACGGUAUCGUAUUGUGAGACUAUGGAAACGGACCGCUCCUUUAGGGAUACUCCAUCACAAGUGCUUGUCGGUUGGUCGAAGAGCUUCGGAAAUCCACAACCCCCAUAUCUUCCAGACUUUGGAUUGGCGUUGGCUGUGUCCGACCAUUUUUGUAACUUUCCAAAGCUGAAAUUCAUACCCACAUUACACAGUUGUUUUAAUUCAUGACACAAGUAUUUCUGUAACUUCUCAUAUGAACAACCGAUCACCCCCCAGCCGUCUGUGAUGGCUGGUCUCUCAUGCUGCCUUCUAGUGUAGCCAUUCGGAGCAACUACAAACACUUUUGAUUUACAAUGUGCGCACGGACAACACGUUGUACGAACUAGUCCUGAUAGAGAAUAUCUCCCGGCCCUUACAAUCCUGAUGCCAGAGCUGUGCCUUAUCUGCUUUGAUAUGCAAAACACUUUUUUUUGUGUUACUCACUUAAUUACCUUUGUUCCGAGGUGAAACUGGAAUAUGUCUUAAAGGUUUAAUGUAGCCUUCAUGAACACAAAUAUCAUAAAUGCUGUACCUUUUUGAAACACAAUAACAAAAUGUACAGCAUUUUACAUAGCACAGAACAACUUAUUUUCAUCAGAACUUUAGACAAUGUUUGGGACCAUAUUAAGAGUUAUUUGCACUCGCUCCAGUCGUGGUACUGUUUUUAAGGAUGCACUUACACAUGGCCUAAAUAUCACCCAGUCUAAUGUAAAACCUUCUAUGCAUUGCUCCUAAUAUCCACACUGAGGAAUAUUUCAUGACUGUUGACCACUACGAUUUAUCAUUUGACUUUGAAUGUGAUGUUUUAUUGAAAUGAUUAAAGGGAUAGUUCGACAUUUUGGGAGAUGCACACAUUUGCAUUCUAGCAGAGAGUUAAUUCAACAGAUUGACAGCUAACCGGCUUCAAGUUAGCUUAGCUUAGCACAAAGACUCGAAACGGAGAAACAGCUAGCCUGAUUUUGUCCGAAGGUAACAAAUUCACCUACUUGUACUUGUACCAAAGCUCACUAAUUAAUAAGUUAUAUCUUGUUUGUUUAAUGCAUACAUAAACCAAGUCUAAAAACAACGGUUGUGGUGUGGUUAUAAAGGGAAGUACUCUUUCUCGUGUUGAUAAGGGACUUCCUUCAGUCUAGCUGUCACAGUGAAGUUUCAAGGCAACCAGCGGACAGACAACCACAAACGGUUGUUUUUACAACUUGAGUUUUGUGUGCAUUAAAGCAAUAAGAUAUAACCUGUUAUUUAGAUCAGUGCCUGAAUUGGAUCAAAAAAGGUCCCAGUACCCUAAUUCUGCACAACCCUAACCCUAAUUCUCUUGACAUCAUUAAAGCUUAGUGUUAAGCGAUCUAUGUGUUAACACAAAGAGACAUUGCUGUACACAGGGCUUUAGAUAUACCAAUGUCCACAAACUGAACUUGCUGAACUUGUUUCGGGGGAACAACGCAUCAAAGUAGUUAUUUUUAGACAAUUAUUUCACAACUGUUUUUGUAUACCCCUUGUGAAAAAUACUGUUGACCUCAGUGGUCAGUACAGCCAUGCUCGUCAGAAGUGGUACUCAGAGAGGCCUCAGUCUUCUUAUUUAACUAACGCUCUUCUACAAAACUAAAUAGUGCUUUUCCCAAAAAUGUGAAACAAUCCAAGGAAUAGUUAUUAUAUUGAGCACGGUCUGGUUGGGAAGCUUACAGUAAAGUCUUGUUACAAACACUGUAACUAAACCUAGUUGAGUAAAAUGAGAUGUUUUCUUGUUACACCCACAAAACGACCAUUUCAUUACUUGAAUUUGUUUCCACGAACACAAGUCUGACAACUUGUCCAUUGUGUUUCGACAAUUUAUCUUCAUAGUGACACUAAGUUUGAUGUGCAGCCCAUGCGAUUUAGGUGCACGCAGCCCUCGGCACAGUGCUCACUGAUCAGUGUUUUGUUAGUUUUUUAGGACAUUACACAACAGGAGCAAACAAGCCGUGACCAUAUUGACUGGGACUUUAUUUUGACUUGCUGUCAAAUUAGUCUCCAGUUGAGCAAGACAGCUGUUUUAAACAAAUUUGACCAAUGAAGUAGGACAACUUUCCCUGGAAAUGAAGUGAUGCAAGUACACUUUAUGUCGAUGUUGAUGUAUAAACACCAAGCUGCGGGGUGCUGUCUUGUGUACUGUUACCUUGACAUUCCUGUGGUAUUUCUGUGGAGCUAAGAGGAUCAUUAGCCUCAACACUGCAUAUUUGGGUUUUUGAAUGUCCACAAUAUGAAAAGUCUUGAGUUAUUUAGUGUUUUGGUUUUUGAAAUUGUAAAGGAAAUCCACCUUUUGAGUUGGUUAAUUGAAAGUCAGAUGAGCCCAGUCUAUGUGUAGAAGUUUAUAUUUGUAUGUAUGUAACUAUAUUGUAUAUAACUUUAUAUAUAUGUGAAUCAUAUGUGUAAUAAAUUGACUAUUCUCACACGUGUGGUUGUAAAAAAUAGC